AUUGGGGUAUAUGUGUGUAAUGUUAUUUGUAAUGGGCAUGAUUGAUUUGUCACAGAGCUAUGUAUGUGCUUCGGCUGCAAGGCGAGAGUAUGCGGCGGCUAUGCAGAAUGGAACCAAAUUGGCAGAGCAGAUGGCGAAAGUAGAAGAGGAGCGGUCAGGGAGAAAGAUGGCUGAAGCGAAUCGAGAUGUGCUGGUAGAGGCCAUCAAGAGGUUAGAAGCAGAGUUGGCAGAGGCGAAAAAGAGGGUGACCGCGAUGGAGGAGAAGCUGGUAAGCACUGUUGGGCUUGAAGUGGAGCGAGACAAACUGAAAGCUGAUUUGGUGGAUAUGACCAAUAAGUGGAUGGAGAAAAGUCAAUUCUGCGUUCAGCAUGAAGCUCGCAUGGAAAAGCUUAGCAGUAUGAUGAGUGACCUUGACGAGGAGAUUGUGUCGUUACAGACUGAUAAGGAGACCUUAGAGAAGGAGAGAAAAGAGCUGGAGCAAAGGGUGAACAGUCUUGAGUCCAGCGCAGCGGAGGCCAAGAAGCAGAAGUUAGAAACUGAACUUCUAUUUGGGAAGAAGUUGAAGGAAGCAGAAGAGAGGGCAGUAGAGGCAGCUGUUGAAGCCACUAGGCAGCGUAUUCGAGACCGAGAGAUCACUGAACGCAAAUUUGCGAGAAUGGCAGAGGUAGACACUGCCAAGUAUCUGGAUUUGGCGUUACGUAACAAGAAGCAGACCCCAGAGGAGAAAUGGGCAAAGCUGGAGAUGUAUUGCAAGAACGUCGAUGUAAAGAUAGGAGAGUAUGACGUCGACAAGUAUUUGAAUGAACUUGGGGAUUUGCAGAUUUCUUAUCCGCCAUGUCAUUUGGAGAAGUUGAAGCUGAGGGGCGAUGCGCUGGGAUCGAUGUAUAAUGCCGAGGGGGAAGCCGUUGAAGAUACUGUUGUUAACUUGGCUCCUGAUGAAAAAGCAUCAGGUUCUACCUCUGUAGCUGAGGGCAAGUCAGAGGGUGAAAGAGGUGUAUGUUGUAUGACGUAUUUGGAUCAGGAGCUUCAUAGAUCUUUUAGGCCUUUGCGUGCGAAAUACAGCGAAAGAUUAUACAGAUGGUGGGAGAGGAUGCCCAGUGAGCACCGUGAGUGGACGAAUGUUCCCUUUUUAAGGAGAAUCUUUGACAACCCACAAUGGCUUUACUCAACGUGGGCUCUGGAAGAGCUUAUCAGAAGUGGCAUCCCGUACUAUAUAUCUUGUGAACGCUACGGGCUAGGCUAUCCGAAGCUAGAAAAUGCGAUGUCAGAGUACAUACGACGUAUCGAAUGGGAUUAAUUAUGGACAAGAGGAUAGAGCAAUUAUAAAGUCAGGGGUGGAUAUUGCCAUUAAUGUAAUAUAACUUAUAAAUAACAACUUCUGAUGUAUUGCUAUUUUUUAUAAAUAACUUAUAAAUAUCGACUUUUGAUUCCACGCUUUGCAUUUGUCAAUUGAAGUUAUUGUACAAAUAUUGAGAGAGGAAUUGAGUAAAUGUGUGUUUGUGUCCCCGCACUUAGCAUCUGUUAAUUUAGGUUGCUGUGAUAGUUGUAUCUUACGCCCGCGAUGUGAGCAAUAUUGCUGGGGGGUGCACCUCCUUACGUAUGUGUAGUAGUUGUAGUGGUCUUGUUCGGGUCUGGUCAUGCCCCUAGGGAUGGAAACUUUCCCAUUAGAUCAAAUGGGUUGACAUGACCCGGACCGAGUGCGGAGGUCAUAGCGUAGGGCACCGAAGCAGAUGCAAAAAAGGUCAAGAUUGUG